CAAGGGUCGUACUAGGUUCAGGUGCUUAUCUGGAAAUCAAAGAAGGAAAAUACUUUAUAAAUAAACAUCAUAUGAUUUGUUGAACUACUUGACUUUGUGCGCACAUUGAAUACAUAUACUUGUAGCCUACAGCUCGACUUGCAGAUUCUUAACUGUGCACAAUUUUGGAAUAUAACCAAUUUAUACUAAUGGAGUUUCUUGUCGUACAUGAAUAAUUAAUGUGUAAAACUGGUCAAUCAUCACUACAAAACUGUCCCAUAAAUCUGAGAACUGUCACACUCUGUUAACUGUUAUCCUUACACAAUGUGUCAUGUGCUAGAUCUUUCAUGUCGGAUUUACUUAUUGGGCUAAUACAAAAAAAAAUUAUUCUUCUGCCUUUCAAAAUGGACAUGGUACAGAUCUAUUUUUUGUUUGAAUUAACUGUUGCUUAUUUGUUAUGCAUGAGCUACUCGACCCAUGGACGAAUGUAUAACAGUGGAGGUUCGAGAUACCGUAGUUUUGCGGUAAGACGGAAGGAAGAACCGAAUAACGCCGAAAAAUACAUUUCAAGCUUAUGGAAGAGCGCACUAGGUAGAACAGUUGGGGAAGAAUCGAGAAGCAAGAAGAUUCAAUUGACACCAAGUGGAGGACCAGGGCCGACAGUGAUCAGAAUUCUAACCAAUGGAGAGAGUGCAAGUAAUCAACCAUUCACCAUUCUAAGUAGUGGAUCCGACGAUGACAUAUUCGAUUUUAACACUUCAUCCAGUAAAUUAAUAAAGAUCCCGGAUUCAGCAUUAGGACCAAUACAAAUAUUAAAAGCCCCUGGAAAACAUGCCAGCAUUCUUGUUACGACUAGGCGAGGCAAAAAAACAUUUGCAAAUGGCAGAAACCAGAACAUUUCUAAUAACAACCAACAGAAUAAUAAUAAUAUUAAUAAUAAUAAUCAAGCUACAGAUGCAAGCCGUAACUACGUGGGAACCUUCACAGGAUUUUUAGCGGAAUCCUUAUGUCCGUUAUGUAGAAGACUUGUUAACCCACGAUACAGGAUUUCUUGUCUGCUCAGAUACUGUUACGAAAAUCCCAAUAUUUCUAACGGAAAUCCUCGUUGAAAACAUCAGCAAUAUAUUUAUCAAUCAAGUGUAGGUGUAACAAUGGUGCUAUUCUAAAAAGCUUGAACCAGGAGAUAGGGUAAAUUGUGGGUUGAAAGAUGAACAAUGUUUAACCCUGAGUGGGAAACAUACAAAGACUUUUUGUUAGUUUCGAAGUUAAUACUGUGGUAACUAACACCUUGUAAAUCCUAACGUUUGUAAAACUAUUUAUAUUUAUAUUUAUAUGUACAGCAUAUAUGAAAAUCUUGAUAUUAUUUUGAACUUCAAAAUAAAAAGGAAGAUUUUAAUGUAAAGUUCCACACAUGUUAUACAUUUAUAAAUGAAAUGCUUCAAAAGUUUUUCUUAUUUUCGUUUUAUAUUUCAACAGUUUUUAACUUUCUGUUUAUCUGUCUAUUGCUAUUGCCUUUACAACUUUGAUUUAUGUUAAUGUUAAAUUUGUUGUGUGUCUGUUUAUGAUAUAACAUUUUUCGAUUUGACAAAUAUAUAUAAUUUCACAGUUUUUGAUUUUAUAGAUAUACAGUGGUAUUGCACUACAAAUGAAUGACUUGUGUAGUUUUAUACCACGUCAUAUGAUUGUACAAGGCUAUAUUAUGUCACAUAAUUUGUAGGGCUACUUCAGGUCAUGUGAUGUUUUAGGACUAUUUCAUUUCAUUUGAUGUUGUAGGGCUAUUUCACGUCUUAUAAUGUUGUAAGGCUAUUUCAUGUCCUAUGAUGUUGUAGAGCUAUUUCACAUCUUAUAAUGUUGUAGAGCUAUUUCACGUCUUAUAAUGUUGUAGAGCUAUUUCACGUCUUAUAAUGUUGUAGAGCUAUUUCACGUCUUAUAAUGUUGUAGAGCUAUUUCACGUCAUUUGAUGUUGUAGAACUAUUACACGUCCUAUGAUGGUAGUAGAGCUAUUUCACGUCAAAUGAAUUUGUAGGGUUAUUUCACUUCAUAUGAUUUUGUAAGGCUAUUACAAGUUAUUUGAUUUUGUAGGGAUAUUUCACAUUAUUUCAAGUUAUAGGGCUAUAAAGCGUUAAAUUAUCAUGUAGGAUUAUUAAAGCUAUUAGGCUUAAUUAUGUUUUUAGAUUACUUGGACUGCAAAUCUGUUAUAACAUUGAACACAAGAAAUGUUAAAAUCAAAACUUGAUAACGAUACGCUUAGUGAAAGUGAUUAAGUAGUUACGAAUUCAUACCAAGAGCUGUCGGAUAAAUAAUAUAGCAUAACACAAAAUUGCUCAGUUAAUUCACAAUACAUAUCUAAGACCUCUCUGUAGUACACAAAACAACAGUAGUUUUGAAACAAGGAAGCAUAACGUAUUCAUUAUAAGUCUUAGAUGUAGGGUUCCUUUCGUUUGCUCUGCUAUUUUCCUAUGUUCGGCUAGAAUCUAAAUGGCAAGUUCUAGUAAAAUGCACAGACUAAAAACAGCGGGCGAAGCUUAUUACUUAUAAAAUAUAAAAUUGACAAUGCGUUGAAAACGAACAGAAUGUGUAGAGCUAUUUCUCGUCUUAUAAUGUUGUAGAGCUAUUUCACGUCAUUUGAUGUUGUAGAACUAUUACACGUCCUAUGAUGGUAGUAGAGCUAUUUCACGUCAAAUGAAUUUGUAGGGUUAUUUCACUUCAUAUGAUUUUGUAAGGCUAUUACAAGUUAUUUGAUUUUGUAGGGAUAUUUCACAUUAUUUCAAGUUAUAGGGCUAUAAAGCGUUAAAUUAUCAUGUAGGAUUAUUAAAGCUAUUAGGCUUAAUUAUGAAUUUGUUUACGUUGACUGAUCCUGAUCCAAAAACUCCUUAUAGAAGCAAAAUUAUCAUUUAUUUAUAUGGUUUACUAAUAACAUGUAGUCAAACAGAAAGUAAAAAAAGAUUGCAUGUGCUUACUGUCUGUUUAAAUAUAUAUGUGUACGUUUAUAUCGAGUUAUACGAUCGUCAACAGUCUUUGGGUGGGCAUCAUCUCGAUGGAUGAUCAGAUGGUGGCUAGUCUAAAAAAAAAUGCUGAUACCUAAAACGGAGUCCAUGCUUUGAUAGUUUUUGUUUUGUACUUUUAUGUAACUUUGUUACAUAUUUUGUGUCAAAUAUAAUUCGUUUAUUCUUAUGAAAUAUUGUGUUGAUUUUUUUUCUAGAUGAACGUACGUGUGUGUUACAUUUUAGUGUUGUGUUUUGUUGUUUCGUAGUUCUCCUCCUCUUGAUAUGUUUCCCUCAGUUUUAGUUUGUAACCCGGAUUUGUUUUUUUCUUAAUCGAAUUAUGAAUUUUGAACAGCGGUAUACUACUGUUGCUUUUAUAUCUAAUUUCAUGAUUUAUUUUUAAAUUGAAAAACAAUAUAAUUGCAAAUAAAAUUGUCAUUUCCACUAACUAUUCAACGAGUGAAAUACUCAUCCAGUGUACUAUUGGUGAUUAUUGCUCUAUAAAUAUUUAAUACGAUCUGCAAGCAAUAUAAUGUAAUUAUCGAUUCUUUCAAGUGGUAAUUUGAUUUUACAUUUUCAGUUCGAGUCACCCGAGUUUAUAUUAAUUAAAGUUCUGUAUUGUACAUACGGAAUUACAUAUCUGUAACCUUUUGUAUUAAAGAUGGUUAUCUUCUUUUAUUAUUUCCUUUUGAAAAAUAAAUUACCAAUAAACAUAUCAGAUUGUUAAAUACAUGUAGAUAUUGGAAUAUCUAUUAAACAAUCCAAUGUGUUUUGCAUCAUGCAAAACUAGGUCUCUAAGGAUAACAUGGAUAAUAAAUGGCUUGAAGCUUUUUAUUCACUGGGCUUAUGGAAAAGUUAAAAAUGAAUCCAAUUCUCAU